AUGUCCAACACAAACAAAGAUCCCAUGAUAUUGAGCGACGAAGAGGUCGAUCAAUGUAACUUUAUUUUCUACGACCCCUCUACCAACGACUACACCUCAUUACCGACCGAUAUCCCACACUUUCUCUCCGCCUCUAGGCAGGUAUACGCCGAUAAUAUGGACACCGACCUCGUAUGGCCGGAAGAUCAGGAGAACGUGGCACUGGCGGAACCCUCGGCGGAUAAAAUGGAGAAAGCGCGACCCCCGGUGGACAGCUGGCGUACACAUGUUGAUGAGGUUAUUACGGGACUAGAGGAGUCUGCUAAAUUGACGGCGUGGUCACGUCAACAAUUGUCGUUUCUGCAGACGCGCCCAUCAAGUGGGCCUCGCUGGAUCCGAAAGGCAGCCACUAUCAACCGCAGAGUCAUUGCCGGCUUUGAACAAAGCCGCCCGGACGUCGUCCUGAGUGAUGUGGAAAAGGUGACAUGCUCGUUUUGGAACAGACGCUCCUAUAUCGCUUCUUGGACCUUGAAUCGCACUCGUCCGGGGAGUAAUGUCUCCCCAAUCGUGCUUCAAGAUGCGACUGCCGCCACUGCUGAUCGUGAUGACAGUAGGGCGGAAAUGCAUCUGGCGGGGGUUCCGCCAAUCACUGUGCCCGCCCAGAUGGCCGACACACGUGCUAUACGGUCGUUGAUCACCUCUGUCGACCUCAACGAAGGCGCUCUCGAGGACAUUCAAGGACAUCAAGGAAAUAGUGAAGCUAUCUCUGAGAGGCAGAUGUACGAGGUACGAGUCGCCAGUAACAGGAUCAGGCAGCUGUAUGAUGAAGAGACCUGGGGAGAGAAAGGUCCAGAGUUUCAAGAGCUGCUCGGGACAUGGAAUGAAUCGGUUCGGGCUUUACAAGAAGCAGGGGUAACUGAACUCCCUGAUCCGCCAGAGUAG